UGGGUGUCGCAAUUGAUCUGGCCUGCGAAAAUAUCGAUUGUCUAUUGACAAACACGAAGUACAAAAAUUAAAAAAAAAAAAGCAUUUAAAAAAAAAACAACAUAAAAACAAAAGUAGACAGGAAGGCAUACACGCGUACAUAUGUAUGUAUGUAUGUACGAGAGAAAGAGAGAGACGGGUUGAGGGGCGUGAGUUGAGGGAUUGGAGUUGACUACACAAAAACCCAUAACAGAAUAAGACACAUGUUAAACUCCAACCGGAUAUUAAGUGAGGGUGUAUAUUGUGUAUAUUAAGUGAGGGUGUAUAUUGUGUAGAAAACAAGGCGAAGCCGAGAUGAACAACCUUUUCUGUUACCUGGUCUUUCUUACCUUUUUAUGUUAUACACACCUUGAUGCUAAACCAGCACAAUCAGAUUCCAAUUCCACUGCCCUGAAAUACCAAGACAACCAGAUCGAGGUCGAUGGGGACUCACAGAAGCAGAAUCAACAGGAACUUGUUAAGCAAAUGGCGAUUGAUCAAAAUGUCUCGGAUGUGAAAUCUGAUGUUCCACCAGAUGCCUCUAGCAGUGAUGGCGGUGAUGGUGGUGGUGGUAAUGACGUGGCUGGAAAUGAAAUAAACGGACCAAAAACUGUUGCCGACAGCAUGCACGGUGUGAUGAUGCAUGGGGAUAAGACACCGGGGAAGGACCACAGCCAUGAACAUAGCGGAUCAGGGAAUGUUGUGGCCACAGACACAAAAGCUGGGCCUCAAGAUAUAGCAAAACAAAUGCAUGGAGUUAUGAUGCAUGGCGACAGUGCCCCUGGUAAGGACCACAGCCAUGAACAUACUGGAUCAGAGAAUGUUGUGGCCACAGACACAAAAGCUGGGCCUCAAGAUAUAGCAAAACAAAUGCAUGGAGUUAUGAUGCAUGGCGACAGUGCCCCUGGUAAGGACCACAGCCAUGAACAUACUGGAUCAGAGAAUGUUGCACACACAAACACAAAAGCUGGCCCUCAAGACAUAGAACAACAAAUGCAUGGAGUUCUGAUGCAUGGUGACAGUGCCCCUGGUAAGGACCACAGCCAUGAACAUACUGGAUCAGAGAAUGUUGUGGCCACAGACACAAAAGCUGGGCCUCAAGACAUAGAACAACAAAUGCAUGGAGUUUUGAUGCAUGGCGACUCACAGGCUGGCCUUCUUCAUCACACCAAGGACAAUGCCGAGAAAUCUAUAAACCCCAAAUUUAGAGGUCGACUUAGUGUUCAGAAUUAUGAAGAGUAUUUACAUGGUGUAAUGAUGCAUGGCGACUCGAAACCUGGAAAAGACCACCAUGGCCAUUCAGGAGAAGAUGAAAAUACCGAUGACAAGAAGAAAAAAGAAGGAACGGUAAAUAAACCAAUGGACUAUGAGGAAUAUCUUCAUGGAGUUCUUAUGCAUAAUGACGCCAAACCAGGAGAAAGUCAUGUCCAUGAAGAUGAGAAAAAGUUCCAGAAAAUUCGUAAAACAGAUAAACCAGCGAGUCCUCCAGAUGCCGAAGAAUUAAUGCAUGGUCUUUUAAUGCAUAAUGAUGCGAGUUCUGGUUAUAAACAUCAGGAACACGAGAAAAAGAAAAAGGCUGACUCUCUUUCACAACCUGGGAGUGUUUUGGCUCCAGACAUCGAUGCUCUAGAUGAGAGUUUAAGCAACAACAAGGUACCUGGUGGACCAUCAUUUGCGAAGAGAAAAAUUGAAGUGAAAGAUGGUAAAGACAAAGACCUGGAAGAAAAGGUGAAGCCUGUGGAAGAAAGUCGAAUUAGUGGUUAUUUAUAUUCCAUUUACAAAACAAUUCAUGAUAUGAAGGAGAAAUAUUUUAAUGUAGAUAAGAACAAUAAUAAUAAUAAUAAUAAUAGAGAGGGAAGAAGUCGGAAGACGGAGAAAGUCUCUGAAGAAGAGGUGGGUGUAAUUACGGCCGAAGAAGCCCGCCAACAUCUUUCGCCAACCCAUGAACACAAAUCUGGUGACAUGCGCAGUGAUCUCGAUAUAAUUGGAAAUACUGCACCUCUUCAUAUGAACUACAGAGUUCAUAGAGAUAAUAGAAAGAAACAUAAACACGAUGAAGGCUGACAAAACACACACGCACGCGCACGCACACACACACACACACACACACACACACACACACACACACACACACACACACACACACACACACACACGUGUCUCCCUGUUUCUUGUAAAUGUAGAAAAUACUCUUUGACGUCAUUUAUUUCAAUUACAUUCAUUAAAGAACUGUGAUAGCUUGACAUUUUUAAUCCAAUGAACAAAAUUGUUCCAGUUGGGUUUUUUCUCCUCUUUUUUUUUUUUUUUUAAAGAAAUUGUUAUUUUAUUAAAACCGAGUUUCAGUGAAUAAAUAUUAGUAUGAAGUGAAUGGUA